AUGAAAAAAAAGAUUGGUCAAAACAUUGAUAUCAAUUAUUGUUUGAAGCUUUUGCAUCUCAAUAUUUUGCAUUGUGAGGUGAUGAACGGCGAUAUAAGCGUGGAGGCAUCACGCCCACGUCCUUUAUCCGGGGGUAUCUGGACGUUAUUUUCUUGGCUUCGUCGAGACGAGCGUUCCUUUUCGGACGAAAGUCUUUCGAGUGUAGGAUCAGAUCGAACUGCCGUCAGCUUUGCCUUUUUAGAACCGCUUCAUUAUAAAGCUGCUAUAGAACCCAUCGUUUUACCGCCCCUUAGUCCACCUACGGACUCGUAUAAAAAAAGGGUACGUGAUAGAAAUUUUCGGAGACAACGCGAACGUGAUAUCACCCUUCAUCGCAAGUACGGUUUAUUUAAAGGCGAAAAUAGCGAUCGAUACGACGUUCUUAGUCUACCACCUGCACGGAGGAAUAUUUUAAACUCUAGCGAUAAAGUAGAACGUGGACGGAGAGCAACGAGUGAAACCUUUCAGAGACGAGCACCUUACGUGCCUGGUAAACGACGCGCUCCGUUGCCUCCGACAGUAACAACUUCUCUGCCUCGAAAUUUAUCCAGAAAAAGACCAGCGCCUCCACCACCCACAAAAUUAACCGAAAUACCUAAACAAAGUAUUGAAUUGUGUGCUGAAUCAAUGAACACAAAACCUGGCUGUGAUAAACCUUCAUCUAGCAGCAAAAAUGUAUCCAUAAAUGCAAAAAUUGAAAGGAAUAAUAGAGAAGAAAAAAUUAAAUCCGAUAAAAGUUUUUUGAAACAGAUUUUUGAAAAUAGAAAAAGAAAUUCUGCUAUCGAAACAAACUAUGUCAAACUUUUACCAAAUAUAAGCGAAUUAGAUAAGCAAGCAGCGAAGAUAGUUGAAGAUAAAAAACUCAAGGUAUUAGAAGGUAAUGCAGUUAUUUCUAUGAGCGGCACUAAUUCAACGUCAGCAGAUAAUGUUAAAGAAAAAUGGAUUUGUACAUUGUGUUUAAGAAGAUACAACUCUGCAGUAUCUUCUUGUUUGUAUUGCGUUAAAAACGAAAAACAAACACAUGAGCCAUUUAAAGAUAAUGUGAACAUUUCACCAAAUGUACCCGCAAAUAUCUACACACAAACAGACAAUGAGCUUUUAAAUGUGGCAUCAACAAGUAAAGCAGGCUUAAGUGAAGAAAAGAAAAAACUUAAAGAAAUGUUAAAGGAAAUGAAAGAUUCUCUGCCUAAGAGGCCUAAGCAUAGUAUAAUCGAUACGGAGAGCCCCACUCUUCGCAUAGGAUCUACACCAAACCAUAAAAACAUAUCAACUUUAAAUAUAGAACCUCCUCCUAAAAACGAUAAUACUUUUAUAAAGAGUUUAGACAAAUUAAAAGUACAGAACACUGAAGAAAAUGUUUCUAUUGUUGCCUUAAAGGGUUGUGUUGCAACAAAUAAAAACGGUUUAUAUUCACAUCCUUCUUCCAGCAAUAUAACAACCAAUUAUCCAGUAAAAGAAAUAACACCUCAGUCUGAAUAUAAGAAUACAGGACAAAAAGAAUUUCAAACACCUGAUACGAGUACUGAAAUAACUAAUAAAAAUAUUUUUUUUAACCAUCAGUCUAAUGUCUCAAGUGAAAUGGUGAAUAUUCCUUUGACCAAUUUGAAAACGACAAAUCAGUGUAAUGAUAAACAAAAUGAAACCGAUUCAUUAUUUCAACCGAAAGAUUCUUUUUCAAAAUUUGAAUUUAUUAAGGAGAAAGUAAAUAAUACCCAACUGGAAUUUCAGCCGAAUUUAUCUAAAAGUAAAAUUUCAUCAAAAAUAAAAAAGGAGUCUCAAAGUUCAAUAAUAAUAAAAAAUACACCAAAACCAUUAGAGGUAAUGCAUUCUGUCAUGAAUAAAGCUGCAUUAGACUCAGAUUUAUCAGAUAAUAUACAAAUGAGACGGAUAAAUACACAAGAAAAUAACAUCAAACCUGAAGCCUUACAAACAAAAAUAGCGCUUAAAAGUUCAAUAUGUAAUAAACCAAAGACAAAUGUAGAGAAAAGGAAAAAUGAAAAUAAUCCACAACAUGCGCCUGAAGUUCAUUCAAAACUAAAAGAGGAAUCUGACGAAAUUGGAAAAAGUAAAGAUAAAACGAAAACUCCAAUUUCAAGUCUUAUUGAUGCGCCGAGCAUUCAUACACCCUUAAAGAUUUCAUCUCUUUUAAAUUCUUUUUAUCUUCCUGCACAAACUAAUCGUGUGAACAUAGAAACGCCAAUAAAUAUAAAUAAAACUAUGAAAUCAAAUGUUACUCCUUUAACUUCGUCUGACAUAUUACAACAACCUUCGAAUGUAUCUAUAUCAAAAUCUCCCAAGUCUGUUAAAGAAAUAUCCGAAAGAAAUGAAAAAGAAAAUACAUCAAAAGAAAUAAAUUCUGCAUCCAACAUAAUCACAAAUGAUCAAUAUAGUACGAAUACAUCAGUAUGUAAAGUAUUAGGCGUAACGCCAUCAUCGUUAUCAAAAGAAAUUAAUAACAAUAAUUUGGGUAAAAUUGAUCACCAUUUUAGACGACGAGAAUUAGUAAAUCAAUUGGAGCAAUCGAUAGCAAAAGGUGAUGAACAGUCAGCAGCUGAUGCUGCUGUUAAGCUUGCUAAAUUGCGUCUAUCAUGUUCAGUUCUGUCCUUCUCUUCACAGAUAGUUGGAAAUGUUCCUACAACUUCAAACAUUGAUAUGCCUAUUCUAAAACCUAAUGAAAAUGAGACAAAUAAAAUUAUUAAAUCUGAUUUAGACGAAAAGCAUAAGAAACAAAAUGUCGAAUCCAAAUCUAUUAAGCAAAGUAAUUUACAACUAAAGUAUCAUAUAACCAAAUCUUCAAAUAAGAACAAUGAGCAUGUACCUAAAGCAUCAACUUCAAUAGUCGGUGAUCAAGAAAACAAAACGCGAACAAAUAGAGUCAUUAGCAGCGUGAUCAAUGUGCCAUGCGAACCAUCAACCUCAAAAUCCAAUCCUGUUGAAAAUGGGACGAUAUCAAGGGCUCGUAAGCAAUCCCUUGCGGACGAGUACAUUGCUGCAGCGCUGGAAGAUGGUGCGGAUAAUGAGGAUGGGCUAGAUUUUGACGAUGACAACCUUGCGGACCCUGAUUUUGUACCCGAACUGGAAACAUUCGAAGAUGACAAUGUGGCGUUGGACAUUGACAUGGAUUCUCUUAUCGAAACUUUAGAAGAUGACCACGAAAACCCAUCGACUAGCGCAGAAAUUUCCCCAUCAAACAUAAGUGUUCCUCAGCUUUCUCCAGGUCAAGAUAACCAACAAAUGAGCAACGAACAAUCCCAAGGUAGGAAAAAGCCCGCCAAGUUGAUAUUACGCUGGAAGAAGAAAAAUCUUGAGUUGAAUGCCGAGCAGCUCAUGUUCAAGGGAAACAAGACCUUGGGUCCUGAUCUUCUAGAACUUGAUACUCCUAUACAGUUCUUUUUAUACCUGUUUCUUCAAGAACUCAUACAAAAGAUUGCAGAAGAGACAAACCUUUACCGAGUUCAAAAGGAUCCCAAUAGCACUUCACGUAUGACAGAAAUGGAUGUCAGGCAAUUCAUAGGUGUGGUAUAUGUAAUGUCUCUUAUCCAGUUACCUAGAGUUACCAAUCAUUGGAGCCCAAUACUAGCUGACGUGAAAGGAAUUGAUGUGUCGACUGUUGCUUGGAAGGACAACAAAAUAGUCGUCAUUGCUUCAACUUUUGCUGGUCAAAAACCAGAAGCUGAUGUUCGUAGAUGGGACAAGCAAAAUUCAAAGUAUGUGACUAUAAAGCGACCCUAUGUAGUUGGAGAGUACAAUCGCCACAUGGGUGGAGUCGACCUCAUUGACAGCAUCAUGGGCAUCUAUAAGAUACGGCUACGUAGUAAACGAUGGCAGGUGCGCUUGUUCUACCAUUAUCUAGACCUCACGAUGGCUAAUGCAUGGUUACUUUAUAUAAGAGUCUCAAAAUUCAAAAAUCUUUCAGCAUCAAGCAUUUUAUCAUCAGCAGAUUUUCGUCAAGAGGUUGCAAUGACCCUAUAUAAAAUGGGUACAAAGUCUGGUAUGUCUGGCCGGCGUUCGCUGGAGACCGAGAUUCAAGCCAAAAAGCGCAAAGGACCUGCACAAUACGUACCGCCAAUGGCAGUACGCCAAGACCAGAUAGGCCACUGGCCGCAAUGCAUACAAAUAUGGAUAGAAGAUAAAGAAGCGACACGAGGACCUGUUAAUUUACGCAUUCCGCGACAAGCCGUAAUGGGCGAGUUACGGCUUCAAGCAGAGAAGUCGCUUGGAUUAGAUUCUCGAUUACAACGCUGGAUAAUUGGACGGACGCUCUGUUUAGAUGACACUGUACCUCUCGUCUCUUUGGCUGGACCAGACCUUAGCGCGCCGUUUUACCUGUGUUUAGUUGAGUCCGAAUCAAACAAGGGAAAUGCUACAGGUGAACAAGCAAAAGAGCACGAACAAGAUAAACAAAAUAACAUAAUUGAUAAUACUCGUGAAGUAUACACUGCAUUGAUGAAGCUGGAGCAGCAAGCUAUAGUUGCUAAUACCGAAUCUUUUGAAUGCAAUGUUUGCAUGGAAGAAUGCGAAGCUGGAAAAGGCGCUGUGCUUCGUGAAUGUAUCCAUACAUUUUGUAGAGACUGUCUCUCAGAUGCUGUGCGACAUUGUGAAGAACCAAUCGUUUCGUGUCCUGCGACUGGGUGUUCUGGUAUUCUACAAGAACGUGAAAUUCGAGCAUUGCUACCAACAGAGGAAUACGAGCGAUGGCUAGCACGUGGACUGGCUACUGCUGAAUGUGGAACUCGCAACGCAUUUCACUGUCGUACUCCUGAUUGUACGGGCUGGGCUCUUUGUGAACCAGGUGUCAGAAAAUUCCCAUGUCCAGUAUGCAAAUGCAACAACUGUGUUCCUUGUCAGGCUAUUCACGAAGCCGAAACCUGUGAACAAUAUCAAAUUAAACUUCGUACAGCUGUGACAGCAGCACAAACUAAUGAAACAGAUGAAGGCACGAAAGCGUUGUUAAAUUCUCUAAUACGCCGUGGCGAGGCUUUGGAGUGCCCAGAAUGUCAUGCUAUUAUUACAAAAAAAUGGGGAUGUGAUUGGGUUUGGUGUGGUCUAGUAUGUUGUUGUGACGUGGAGAAUACUGCUUGGCUCGAAUUUGAAGCUCCUAGCUGCGACAAAGAUGAAGGUCUAGGCUGCAAAGGCGCGGGUGUGGGCUGCGACAAAGGUGAGAGUCCAGGCUGCGGUACUGUUUGUGGCUGUGAUUCAGGUGAAUACUUAGAAAAAUAG